GUGUGUUUGUGUGUGUGUGUGUGUGUGUGUGUGUGUGUGUGUGUGUGUGUGUGUGUGUUUAUACUUAUACGACCACUCACUCUCUGCUGUCCCUCGCAAGUUAUAGUGAUCUUUCUCUCUUAUUUUCUUUACAUCUCUCUAAUUUUCUACAUUUUCUCUCAUUUUUUUUGUUGCCAUUACCAGAAGAAAAAAAAAAUUAUUAUAUUAUGAAUUUUUUUCUUUUUUUUUGUUGAGCUCUCUUCUCUGUCUCUUUUUUCCUCACCUACACUUGUUCACAUCAGCAAUAGUGAUAACAGCAGUAACAAACAACAAUUUAAAUUACAGAUGAUUAUCAAUAUUUUGAUGAUAUUUUCAGAAUAAAAAGAAAAAAAAUAUUUCUUUUUUUUUCAACAAAAAAAAUCAGCCUAAACGUUCACGUCAUCAACUGUAUAUCUUCAUCGUCGAUACAUUUAUAUAUAUAUAUAUAUAUAUAUAAAUAUUUACAUGCUCCGAUAUUAAUAGGAAGGAACGAACAAGUUUUUUUUGUUAAAAACGGUUUGGAAGUGAAAAUAUCAUCAGAAAAACAUAAAGGUAUUGUAGAAUCUGUUUGUUCAUUUCUUGUAUAAAAAAAAAAUUGUUAACUAGUGGUAAAAUAAUUGAACAUAACAACAAGGAGUGACAAGGUCAGAUACGAAAAUUUAAUUUAAUUUUCUUUAGUAAUAUUUUGAACAGAAUCAUCCCCUUACAAACAGUUGUAGUUUUUCUGAUAUAUUGUGUAUUUUGUAUAAAUUGUUAGUCAAUUGCCGAGUCUCAGAAAAACAAAGAAAAGAAGUUGUUUGUUCAUAUCAAUUGAGAAUAUGUUUUCUUACAAAAAAAUUCAUCAGAGUUUGUUAAAAUUAUAUAAAAUGAUAAUCUAAUAACGAAUAGAUUGAGGAAUCAUUGUAUUUUCACAUAGAUUGACUGUGUCUUGAUCCCAAUAAUUUCAAUUGUUUCGUUAUAUCCUUUAGUUCUACUCAAUCACUCGCAUCUAAUCUCUCAUAAUGAGCUCAGUAAUAAAACGAUUAAAUAUUAUCCAAUCUGAAAAUAUCAUUUUAAUUUAUUCACUGUUAUUAUUGUCAACUAUUAUCAUCGAAAUUAAAUCGGCAUCACUACUAGAUAAUACAAUUGAUAAACAAACAAUUCAAGAUACGAACGAUGAUCAUCAUCUUUCGUUAAUAAAGGCCAGUGAGUUAUAUCAACAUGAUAGUAAACAAGAAAAAGUUGUUAAAUCAAGAUCUCGAAGGCAGAGUCUUGAUGCAACUGAAGCAUCAGAGCCAAAUUUUAAUGAUGUACUACGUUUAGUAGAAGAAGCUGUACCAGAUGGUGUGAUGAAUCCUUUUAGAAACAGUAAAAAUUCUGGUGGUACAUUGGUUCGUGCCACAAAAAAUCAACUAGAAUCAUUUACAAAAUUAUUAUUACAACGUUUAAGAAUUAAGAAUGCACCAAAUAUAUCAGCGUAUAAUGAAAAAUCAUCAAUACCUGGUGUAAUGAUAAAACAAUUAGAACCAGAUCAAAUACCAUCGCUACAAAAAGAUAGUAGUGCUUAUGUUCCUGAAGAUUUAACAACAUAUGAACGUGUUCUUAUACCUGGUCAACAAUUUCAUAAUCAUUCAUGUGAAAAACGAUUACGCGAUCAAGGUUUCCCGUCUAAUGAUAUUCAAUGUUAUCAAUUUUUGAAACAAAAAAGUAAAACUGCACCAUUACCAACGGAUCAAGAGAUUAAUUCCAUAAGAUUAUAUAUAAAAAGUGGCUAUUUUCAAAAUUUAAAUCAACGAUUAAUACCAGAUAUGUUUAAAAUAUACACAAUAUUUCGUCCUGUGCCAAAUGAAUUGGCAACAUAUAGCGAAAAAUUAUUAAAUUCAUUUGAAAAAAUAAAAAGUGAAAGAAUUAGUAUAUCAGAAGUGAAACGUGUUAAAGACUGGUAUGAAUUAACAUUUAAUAAAACAAGUUUGAAAUCCAUCUAUGAGAUUUUAAUGUAUGUACCAUCUGGUAUUGCCAUAAGUAAAGAUUUAUCUCUACCACAAGGUGAAUAUCCAUCAUAUUUUGAGGAUUACAUUAAUGGUGGUAGUAUUAGUAGUGGUAGCAGUAGUGAUCAAGAGCAACAACAACAAGAUGAUGCUAAUAAUGAUGAACAAGAAUAUAGUCCUUAUUUGUACGUAGAAUAUGGUGAGAAAACAGGCAAACCUCAACAUCGUCCACGUCGUGCAAGAAAUCGUCACACAUGUUCAUCAUCAAGUCCAUGUUGCCGCCGUUCAUUAACAUUAGAUUUUAGUUAUUCAAAUUCAUUAAAUUUUAUCAUUUAUCCUCGAAUAUUAGAUAUUGGUGAAUGCGUUGGGCUAUGCAAUUUAACAUCAAUAAAAGCAUCACAUAUGAAAAAUUCACCACAUCAAAAUUUAUUAGUUUUUAGUGAAACACACACGGGUGUGAAUCAUCAAUGUUGUUCAUAUUCAAGAACGGGUGGUCUCGAAUUAUUAUAUGCAACAGAAGAUAAAUCAAUUGUUCGACAAUUUAUACCAAAUAUGAUUGUUGAAGCUUGUCGGUGUGCAUUACCAGCAAUAAUUUCACAAGUAUGA